UACAGUUGAGGGGAACGACAAUUCUACAAUUUUUGAAAAUACAAUGGUUGUUACGAGUGCUUCAUCAAAAUCCAUUAUCAUACAGAUUGCUGCAACCAGUAUGAUUAACGUGAUCAAUCUUUCGGAUGGUGCUGGCCAUGGUUGGGUUUCUCCCUUUUUGCCACUGCUCCAAUCGCCUGAUACGCCGCUCAUCGAUACCGGUCCUGUGUCGAUUGAUCAAGCUUCCUGGAUAGGGUCGGUCCUGUGCCUGGGAGGACUCUUUGGCUCUCUGCCGUACUGUUGGUUGGUUCAACAAUUCGGAAUCAAAUGGGCGCUGGUGUGUUUGGCCAUACCGAACAUUACUUCUUGGACGCUCAUUUAUUGGGGAACAUCUGUCUAUCAUGUUUAUAUUUCCCGCAUUUUGGCAGGAAUAUGUGGCGGAGGUAUUUUGGUAACGUUCCCACUUUACACGACAGACAUCUCAAAUAAUCAAAUUCGUGGAAUUCUUGGAUCAGGACUGGCGUUUUUCACAAAUCUGGGAAUCCUAGCGAUGUACAUUAUGGGCAAUUUACUCUCAUAUCAUACUGUGGCAGCGGUAGUUAUCGUACUUUCAACGAUCUAUUUGAUCCUAGUUUGUUUUUUGCCUGACACACCUCAGUCGCUGUUGAGAAGAGGUCAAAUCGACGCAGCCAAAAAAUCAUAUCUUACGUACAAAGGAUUCAACAACUCUCAAAGUAAUUCUACAAUCGAGGAUGAUUUUAAAACUCUUACCAAAGCCAUCCAAAGCGAAAAGACGGACAAAAUUGGGCUGAAUCUGGAGGACUUCACAUCAAAAACCUUUCUGAAGGGCAUUUCGAUAGGAGUUUUUCUUAUGUUUUUAAAUCAGUUUUGUGGGGCAUUCUCGAUCCUCACCUACGCGGAAACCAUUUUUAGGAUAUCGGGAUCGGUUCUAGACCCUGGAAAAUCAACAAUUGCGCUCGGUGCCAUUCAAAUCAUUGGAACGUUCGUCUCGUUCGUCCUAAUAGAUUUGGCUGGGAGAAAGAUUCUGCUGAUAGUAUCAACUGUUGGUGUUGGACUAGGGAUGGCAGCCCUGGGGGCGUUUUCUUAUCUUCGAGAGUUGCAGUGGAAUCUAGAAGGAUUUCAUUGGUUGCCAGUGACUAGCCUGUCGUUCGCUGUUCUAAUGUUUAGCAUUGGACUCUGUGGCAUUCCUUAUUUCAUUAUACCGGAGCUGCUUCCGCCAAAGAUGAGUAAUGUGGGGAACACCAUAGGAAUGAUAUCGAUUUGGAUUGCUACCUUCACAUGUCUCAAGAUUGUUCCUGUUCUGUUGACAACCAUAAAGCUUUAUGGAGUGCUUGCAAUAUUCUCUGCAACAUGUGUAUUAGGUACAAUUGUAACCAUACUAUUUUUACCGGAAACGAAAGGACGAAAUCUGAUUGAUAUUAGUCAAUAA